UCAUUGGUCGGACGGACGAAGACGCGCAGGAAUGGCAGCGGCAGCACGAGACCGGGAUUUAACGAAAUAAUUAUACCUUUUACUUUACAUUUACGUGCUGUGCUUCGGCGAAAUAAUCUGUUGUCUUCGCGUGCACCUUUUUAUCACUUUUGUUUCAGUCACAAAUACAUUUGAGAUCCAAACGCAUGGCUUUUGUUUGAAAAGAGUGUGAACGGGAAAGAAGCGAAACACCCAGUAGUCGGACGGAUCGUCUUUAUCUUGAAAAGAAAGUCAUUUAUUCAUCUCAUCUGCUUUGGAAAUAUAAAUGAUGUCUUCAGCUCGGGUAGAUUAUAUCGCUCCAUGGUGGACUUACUGGCUCAAUCAGUUUCCUCAUGUGAAUUUGAGAUUUCAACCUUUGGAUCACACGUUUAAACCUCAGGAUGAAAACUACCAGCAGUCUCUCAUCUUUAUCGGUUGUGUAGCAGCAGCCGGUCUCGGAUUAAAUUUGCUAUGCCUGGCCAUAUACAUGAGCUUUCUCUGCUGCUGUCGGAAAGAUGAGGAAGAAGAGGAGAGUAAGAAGUCCAACUCCUGCUGUGUCACAUGGGCGGCUGUUGCUGCCGGGCUCAUCUGCUGUGUUGCAGUAGGAGUGGGUUUUUAUGGAAACAGUGAAACAAAUGAUGGGUUGUACCAGCUGACCUAUUCCCUCUACAAUGCCAACCACACACUCACAGGAGUGGACAGUUUGGUGACUGGGACUAUGGGAGGAAUGCAGAAUGGCCUUAAGGAGCACUUGUACCGAUUGAAUGAGAUUUUUGCAGUGCGAGGAGACUUUGUUCAGACCCUGCAGUUCAUGCAACAAAUGGCAGACAACGUCAUUAAGCAGCUACUGGGACUUCCUGAAUGGGAAAAAGCAAAUGUAGACCUGGCCGCCAUAGCAGAUCAGACGGCAUAUGUGGAGUAUUACAGGUGGUUGACAUACCUGCUGAUUCUGAUUUUGGAUCUGGUAAUCUGUCUGGCUGCCUGUCUCGGCCUGGCCAAACAAUCCCGCUGGUUGCUCACCACAAUGAUGGUGUUUGGUGUUCUCACUCUCAUCCUGAGCUGGGCGUCUCUUGGAGCGGAUGUGGCCACAGCAGUGGGCACAAGUGAUUUCUGUGUUUCGCCCGACAAAUAUCUGAUGAACCAAACCAAAGAUGUUAUCAGUUCAGAUAUCGUGCACUAUUACCUGUACUGCAGCCAGACCCUGCCAAACCCAUUUCAACAGUUUGUUUCGCAGUCCCUGACGCUCUUCCAGAGAUCUCUAACCACCAUGCAGAUUCAGAUUCAGGGGCUUUUGCAGUUUGCUGUGCCUCUCUUUCCCACAGCAGAGGGGGAUUUAUUGAAUAUUCAGCAGUUAUUGAAUAAUUCAGAGGCCAGUUUACACCAGCUUACAGCCCUGCUGGACUGCAGAGGACUCAAUAAGGACUAUCUGGAUGCCCUGAUGGGUGUGUGUUAUGAUGGUGUAGAGGGUUUACUGUAUCUGUGUCUGUUCUCUCUGCUGGCUGCCACAGCCUUCUCUAUCAUGUUGUGUGCUAUCCCAAGAGCAUGGAGGCAGAUCGCUAACAGAGAACGGGAUUAUGAUGACAUGGAUGAAGGAGACCCGUUCAACCCUCAGGGUCGACGAAUGACGUCGCAUCACUCGCAUCCAGCCAACAUGCACAGUUUCUGUAGUUACAGUAGCAGCUUGGGCAGUCAGACAAGUCUUCACCCUCCUACACAGGCGGUGUCCAACGCCCCUGUCUCAGAGCACAUGGGCCAGUCUGUGCUGUUUGGUGGUAACCCUCGCUUUGAAAAUGUGCCUCUGAUCGGUAGAGGAUCUCCUCCCCCUUCGCUUUACUCACAGCCAUAUAGAAACAGCUAUUCUCCAACUAUGAGAGCUACCUACCUCUCCAUGACUGAGGACCAGAUCAGACACUUUGGCGAGGAUUUCCGGGCAUAGAACUGAUCUCCUUUCCCCGGAAAUGUACAUGUUUUUCCGACAUGAUUCAGACCAGGAAUAUGGAUGCACAGAGAACUCUUUUUUUGUGUUUGACUCUAUCUGAAUUUGCCGGACCACAGUGUGGGAAACCUCAUUUUGGGAUCUCCCUGUGUGUGUGUGUGUGUGUGUGUGUGUGUGUGUGUGUGUGUGUGUGUGUGUGUGUGUGUGUGUGUGUGUGUGUGUGUGUGUGUGUGUGUGUGUGUGUGUGUGUGUGUGUGUGUGUGUGUGUGUGUGUGUGUGUGUGUGUGUGUGUGUGUGUGUCCAGAUGUGUGCGUGCUUGUGUGUAUGUGUGUUUGUCAUUAAUCCUGAUGGUGCAUCUACUGACAUGCUACUGUGAGGUGCUGAAAUGUCUAUUCUGUAAUACUCUGUUUGUUUACUUUCUGUGUUUCAAUCAGGUGUAUUGGUCUUCCCUAUAAAGCUGUUUAGGC